AUGGGAGCCUUUGCACCAUCACUUGGCUCUGCUCUAACAGCUGCAGCUGCUGCACCACCUGCUAGUCAACCAGGACCUUCUGAUACAAAGUUUGCUGGCGCUGAUGUAACCAGUGGUACUGUACAACAAUAUGGUUCAUCUGCAGCUGUUCCAGCUGCUGGUGAUAGCCGUAGUUUAAGUACAAAUGUAUGUUACAGUAUUAUUGAUUCAACUUUUCCAUCAUUUUCUGACUAUUGUUCGGCAUUACCACAAACAACAUUUACAUUACCAAACUUUUUUGGUCAUAAUACAAAACGUGAAGCAAAUGAUUUAUUAUUGUCACUUGCUCCAGCAUUGGAUGCUCACUGUGUUCAUAUUAUACGCAUGUUUACAUGUCCUUUAUUUUUUCCACCAUGUAAUGAUGCAGCCACACUUCCAUGUGCUAGCCUCUGUCGAAAAAUCCAAAAUCAAUGUAAUGGUUUUGAUCUUUCAGCAAUUAAUUGUGAUCAACUUCCAGAACAAUCAGACUUCUGUCCAUCUUUUACUGGAUCAACUCGUUCAAUAGGUGGUGGUGCUUAUGGUUCAAGUGGAUCAUAUAAUAGUUAUGGUGGAUCUUCAUACGGUCAAGCUGCUAAAUCAGUCGGACCAGCACCUUAUAGUGGUGGUGAUAGUUAUGGUGCAUCUUCAUACGGUCAUGCUGCUAAAUCUGUCGGACCAGCACCUUAUGGUGGAUCUUCAUUUGGUGAAGCUGUUAGAUCUGUUGGAUCAGGAUCUUACGGUGGAUCUUCAUAUGGUGGAGCUGUUAAAUCAGUUGGAUCAGCACCUUAUGGUGGUGGUGAUAGUUAUGGUGCAUCUUCAUAUGGU